GUCCCUACACAGAUCAUAAUCAUAUGGAAGAACCAAGAUGAAAAUUCAAAUUUAUUUUGCAAAUUCCCGCUGAGUGUGAGUUGUCGUUGUGGAAGUAGAUAGCAGGGUAAGUUGUAGUUGGCGUAGUUGUGGCUUUUGUUGUAGCCAUAAAGAAUUUGUAUGGCUCUGGCAUUUGGUAUAACCUGAAUUUGAUCAUAAGGAAAACAAGAAGAGAAUCCUUGUGAUCCAAUUUUUCAGGUUACCAAGAAAUGCCAGAACAUCAAUACGAAAGUACUUACACCGUGGUGAGUUCCGGCUAUCAACAUAGUACGUAGUCUUUCCUCCUGCUCUUCUAAGACUCCAUCGCAACGUGCCACCUGGAACAGACCAGCAGCGGACAAUGAGGCGUUAUAUCAAGAGUGGGUUCAUCCUCCAGCGCAGGUUGUAACUCCGGGGAAUACGGCUCAAGAGCAUGGAUCAUGGAAUUCAGGAGCACAACCAUUCAUACCUCGACUGUCGCAGAUGAGUCGACUUUCACAAGGACCUGCGGUUGGAGAGACUACUGUUAAGGAUCAUGUUGAAGGUUACUAUCACUUAGCAUGAUCCACGUAUUUAAUUUAAUUCUUGCAACAAUUGCUGUACAACUAGGAAAUAUUUAACAAAGGGCAGAUGAGGUCUACCUAAAAUGGAUAAAGACACCAGCUAGUGGUCAGAACGACUACCACACCAGUCACAACGCCUACACCAACGACCAUAACGACGAACUGACCUCUAACCUUGCUAGGCGAGAUAGCAUGGUUCCAGC